AUGGCUAAUCUUGCUGGAAAAGUCGCAGGCAAUCCCGACUUACACAACGCGGACCCUACUACUGUUAUACCUGAACUAGUUAAUUCAUGGGAUCAACCAAAUUACGUAACUGGAUUCGAUGUCCUUAAGUCCAGAGUCAAGCAAAUUUGUAACGUUGUUCACAAUGUUUUUGAUUCCAAGAUUAUUCUCGAGAUAGCUCGUCAAAUUUGGACUGAUUCCACUUCGCCUGAACAGCGAGAUAUGUAUACUAAUUUCGCGUCUCGUGUAAACCAGCAAAAAUUUGGAUGUCCAGUUAGGGAUCCUGGCAUUCUGAUCGAACCACCCACUGAACCAUUAAUUUCCAUUCCACCAACCAAAAUUUCAGAUUCGUUGUUGUAUGUUGAUGAUAUUUCUCAGUAA